AGGUUAUCUAAUGUUAUUGUUACGACAGAAAACUGUUCACUGGUCAGUCUCUUCGAAAUCGUUAAUUACUCUCAACGUCAAAAAUGGCUAAGGAUCUUGUUAUUCUUGCUUAUUCUGGAGGUUUGGAUACUAGCUGCAUAUUAAAAUGGUUAAUUCAACAAAAUUAUGAUGUCGUCUGCUAUUUAGCUGAUGUGGGACAAAACGAACAUUUUGAGAAAGCUAAAUUAAAGGCCUUAUCAAUUGGAGCUAAAGAUGUUAUUGUGGAAGAUUUACGCGAGGAGUUCAUUAGCAACUACAUGUUCCCAGCUAUCCAAAUGGGCCUUGUUUAUGAGAACCGAUAUUUGUUAGGGACUUCCCUGGCAAGACCCUGCAUAUCUGUUGGUAUCGUGAAUGCAGCAAAAAAAUUGGGUGCCAAAUAUAUCUCACAUGGUGCCACAGGCAAAGGCAACGAUCAAGUUCGUUUUGAAUUAAGCGUGUAUUCCCUUUGGCCUGAAGGGAAGGUGAUAGCACCUUGGAGAAUCCCUGAAUUCUUCCAAAGAUUUCAAGGAAGAAGUGAUCUAAUAGAAUAUGCGAAAAAGGAAAACAUUCCAGUGUCGGCAACUCCUAAAGAGCCGUGGUCGACCGACGAAAACAUCAUGCACAUCAGUUACGAAUCUGGUGUCCUUGAAGACCCAACUGCUAUUCCACCCAAAGGUAUUUACAAUAUGACUCGUGACCUCCUAGACGCCGUCGACUACCCUACUACCAUAGAUGUCGACUUCGUUAAAGGUAUUCCAAAUUCGAUCCGAAUCCCUAGUGGCCAGGAAAAACCCUUAGUUGUGCAUGGUGUACUGGCCUGUGUGGAAACACUCAAUAAACUAGCCGGCCAGCACGGCAUUGGACGCAUCGACAUUGUGGAAAAUCGUUUCCUUGGACUCAAGUCAAGAGGCCUAUAUGAAACUCCUGCUGGAACCAUUCUAUAUGUUGGACAUGUCGAUCUAGAAGCAUAUUGUCUAGAUAGAGAAGUGUUGCGUAUCAAAAAAUAUCUACAAGAUAAAAUGGCCGACUUUGUUUACAAUGGUUUCUGGUUUUCACCAGAGGGUAAUUACACUAGAAAAUGUCUAGAAUUAUCUCAAGAAAAUGUCACUGGUACUGUAACAGUACAGUUAUUCAAAGGAAAUGUAUCAGUGUUGUCAAGGAAGAGUUCCACGAGUAUGUACAACAAAGAUUUAGUUUCAAUGGACGUCGCAGGUGGAUUUUCUCCGGAAGAUAGUACUGGAUUUAUAAACAUCAACGCCUUACGUCUAAAAGAAUAUUCCCACUUUAUGACUAAAACGAAGUUUUGAUUUUUAUAGAAACAUAACACAAAAAGUUUUUUACUAAAUAUAAAUGUAAUUUUGCUACAAGUUUUUAUUAUCGUCAGCAUAUCGUCAGAGAGAUCUUGUUGCAUUCAACUUUAUUUUUGUUUUGUUGAAAUAUGCAUUCAGCGCGUGACAGUUUAUUUAUUACACAAAUUAAAAAAACCCCGACUUUCAAUAUUCAUUUCGCUACAACGUUUGAACGGCUGAACCGAUUUUUAUGAAACGUGGCUAAGAACACUCGGGAUAAAAUUAUCCAUGCCACAAAAAAAAAUCGAUUCAUUCGUUUGGGAGCUACAAUGGAGUUACGAUGGCACAGACAGAUACACACAUGAAACUUAUAACACCCCUCUUUUUGCGUCGGGAGUUAAAAAUAACUUGUCCGUGCCAUGAUUUGUGUAAUUUACAUACAAUUACGUAGGUACCGUAAGUAUAGGCGCGCUGUAUACAGUUGAGGGAUGGCCUCGACGGCAGGUAAUUCUGGCUUAUCAUAAUAGGAAGCUGUGGUGGUCCAAUUGUUAAGACCACGUUAAGACGGUGGUGGUUAAUAAAAAACUGGACGUAAAUGGAAAAUGGGACGGUAUGCGUUGCAGAAAGCGAGAGUGGGAGUCGGAGCGGGAAAUGGAAAGGACACAUUGUGAAAAACAUGAUGGCACAAUUUAUAGGAAACGGUACGGGAUAUCUACAGUACAUAGCAGGAAGCGGGAUUGGACAAGUUUGUGGGACAAAACACGCAACGGAAACUUUAAAUUGAACUAAAGAUGAGAAAAAUCCGAAUUUAAAUCAUAUAUGUUUACCAGUCUUACAGAGUCUGCGAUAUUAAAAUUACUGAGAUUUUGCUGUAAAGUUCACGCGGGCGGAAUCGCGGGCAAAAGCUAGUAUAUAAUAAAAGCCCGGAAAAAAUUGAAGUCUAACAAAAAGACACUGCAUUCAUAAUUAAAUUCAAAUCAUUACUCAUUUUGAAAGCAUAUUAUUAGGUAGAUGAUAAAUGACAAAACUGCCUAUGAUUGUGAAUUAUCUCAAUAUACUCAGAAAAAAUGGUAAACAUUGACCGUUUAAUUUGAAUUUAAUUUUAAAUUACUACACCCUCACUGGGUACAUGUUUAAUUGCACAAUAUUUUGUAAUCCUUAUGCUGUACAUGUUUGCAAAUAAAUGAAUUAUGAAUAA